AUGUCACUUUCCAGUAAACCCGUUGUGACUCGGUUUGCGCCGUCGCCGACCGGAUACCUUCAUAUUGGAGGUGCACGUACCGCGAUUUUCAACUGGCUAUAUGCUAAGCACUGCGGAGGUAAGAUGUUAUUACGUAUUGAGGAUACAGACGCGGACAGGCAUAACGAAGGAGCCGUGGAGGCCAUUAUUCAGGGAAUGAAAUGGUUGGGACUCAAUCACGAUAGUGAAAUCACUCGCCAAAGUGCGCGUGGUGAUAGACAUCAGGAGGUCGGUCUGGACCUGGUAGAAAAGGGCAAAGCCUACAAGUGUUAUUGCUCAAAGGAGAAAUUAGAUGAACUCCGUGCAGAGUUCCAGAAGGCGAAGAAGCCUUUCAGGUACCCAGGGAUAUGUCGUGAUCUGCCCAAGGAUUACGUACACCCUGACGGCGUCGCACCCGUCAUCCGUCUCAGGAGUGAGGCGACUGGCGAUACUCAGUGGGACGAUCUUGUCCAAGGAAACGUCUGCCACCAAAAUGAAACUUUAGAUGAUCUGAUUAUUCUGCGCUCCAACCUGAAGCCCAUCUAUUUGCUGGCUGUGGUCGUGGAUGAUCAUGAUAUGGAUGUCACUCACGUCAUCCGAGGGUCUGAUCACAUUACAAAUACCGCCCGCCAAUUACAAAUAUACAGGGCGUGUGGUUGGGAACCCCCCGUCUUCUCGCACAUUCCUCUCAUUCACGGCACUGAUGGAAAGAAGCUGUCCAAGCGCCAUGGUGCUACCGGUCUGGAAGAAUUCGAGUCCUUAGGAUACCUACCGGAAGCCUUGUUUAACUACCUGGCUCGCAUGUCGUGGAGUCACGGCGAUGACGAGAUCAUGACCAAGGAGCAGAUGAUCGAGUGGUUUGACAUUGCAGACUGCACCAAGCACGCUGCCACCAUGGACUUCAAGAACCUGGAAGCAAUGAACGGAACUUACAUCCGCGACUAUCCCACUAACGAUCUCGUUAAGAUUAUUCUUAAGAACUGUCCGGAGCUAGCGACCAUCGGAGAGGACCGUCUUCGGGAGGCGCUGCCAUUGCUGGUGCCACGAGCAAAGACGAUUCCCCAGUUCACCACCGCAGGCUCUUUCCUAUACGCAACGCGACCGCUUUCAUUCGAUAAAAAAGCUGAGAAGCAAUUGAACGAUAAAGGUAAAGACAUCCUCAGGGAUCUUGUAGCUGAGAUCGAAGGUACUUCUGAUUACUCAGAGGCUGGCCUUGAGACAUUGAUAAAGGCACAGGCUGAGGCCAAAGAGCUGAAGCUUGGAAACAUCGCACAGCCCCUGCGAGCAGCUCUGACUGGCACCACCGCAUCUCCCGGUAUCUACGAGGUCAUGAUGAUCCUUGGAAAAGACGAGGUCGUUGGCAGAAUACGCGAUGUCACUAACUAA